GAAUGCAAUUGCCCGACAAUCAAAAAGGUUUCUCACUAUGAAUAAUGCCGACGAAAGUAUUGGUUUUUAUGCCCCAAUCAAUGCCGGGGGAGGUGAGUUCCUCAUGAACUUCUCCAUUGGCACUCCGGUUAUGCCCAUCUCGGCUAUACUAGACACGGGAAGUGACUUGAUUUGGGUCGAUUGUGACCGCCAUCACUCUCCAUCUUUCAGCCCUAUCCGUUCCUCAACCGGUUCAAACAUUUCUUGUUAUAGCGAUGCAUGCAGCGAUUUGAACACGUUCAAGUGUCAAAACGAAGCAUGCACUUAUUUGUAUUCCUACGGCGAUGGAUCCUCCUCCGAAGGGUUCUUAGCUACGGAGACGUUCACUUUCGGUGGUCCCGUUUCAAUACCUAACGUCACGUUUGGUUGUGGUGUCAUCAACCAAGGCCCCGGACUCAGUCUUGGUUCGGGGUUAGUUGGACUAGGGCGCGGGCCUUUAUCACUCGUGUCACAAUUAGGUUUAACGAAAUUUUCCUAUUGCUUGAGUCCGAUAGGGGAGAAUAAAACUAGUAGCAUUGUGUUUGGUUCGUUAGCGGAAUGGAACUCGAGUACUAGAACCAAGUCAAACCAUAGUGCCACACCGUUGAUUCAGAAUUCAUUUCAAACGUCAUUUUAUUACGUAGGUCUAGAAGGAAUAACGGUUGGAGAAACCCUAUUGCCUAUACCUAAAGAGGUUUUUGAGGUAAAGGAAGAUGGGAGUGGUGGAAUGAUAGUUGAUUCGGGAACUACAUUGACUUAUUUACACGAGGAGGCUUUUAGGUUGUUGAAGAAGGAAUUUACGUCGCAAAUGAGACUUAGGGUUUCCACGAAGUCCGACACCACGGGGAUGGACUUGUGCUUUGACUUGCCCGGGAAAGAUAGGGACUUUGGGAUUAAUAACGAUGAUAAUAUCGAUAUUCCUAAGGUUAAGUUUCAUUUUAAGGGUAUGGAUUUGGAACUUCCAAGUGAGAAUUAUAUAGUUGGUGAUAUGAGCUUAGGUGUGGUGUGUUUGGCUAUGGCUGCAUCAAAUGGAAUGUCUAUCUUUGGUAAUAUUCAGCAACAAAAUUUCUUGGUUGUUCAUGAUUUGGAUCAAGAGUUGCUCUCUUUUGUACCAACUCAAUGUGAUCAAUUCUAAGUUAGAAUAAUAAAAAUUGAUCUU